AGCGUCUUCUUUCGCAACAAAUACUUCCCGUACCAUUUUGUAUUCAUCUUUACAUGUGCCUAGAUUCCUUUACAUAAGUUUUGCACUUGAUCACAUAAAUCUGUCGCGCAAAGAUACGCUCGCUAUAUUCUGGCACUUCAGGCUGCCCCUGGCUCUCGUUCCAGGCCCGUUCCGUCCACUGGUCAACAGCCUCGUCAACUUGACCAAAAAAAUCGCGUCGUCCAUCUCCACCUAACCACGCUCACUUCGAGCGCAACAUCGCGCAUUUGCUUGCUCAAUCAUCCUCCCACCACGUCAUAAUGUCGUCUCUCUUCGGAAAUCUCAAUAAUUCAACUGGCGGCCUCUUUGGCUCCAAGCCUGCAGCUCCUGCAGCCACGGGAGGGAGCUUGUUUGGAGGGCUAGGCACAUCAACCGCGACAUCGCAACCCGCAAGUACAGGCACAGCUACUGGGGGAUUGUUUGGUGGAAGCUUGGGGGGUUUGGGGCUAGGUAGUAGUACACAACCGCAGCAAUCGCAGCAACCAAGUACGACUGGAAGUGGCAUGUUUGGUGGCCUAGGGGGAGCUACAACACAACCUGCUGGAGGAAGCGUUUUCGGUGGACUUGGAACUAGCACACAACGAACAAACGCGAGCAACAUGUUUGGUGGGUUGAAUGCUGGAUCAACUUCUCAACCACAGCAAGCAGGCGGGCUUGGUGCAUCUAGCUCCGCUCCUCUUCAGCAGUCUCAACAACCUGGCCAAAACAACGCCUACUUCGAUGCAAUCCUGGAACGCAGUCGCAAGAGAGCGCAUGCCGAAGCCAUUUCUGAGGACCUUCCACAGCUUCAACUCGGUCUGGGAGAUCUGCGACAGCGAAUCAAGCGCCUUGGGCCAAACAAGACCGACCGCGCAGAUGGCAGAGCUCACUAUUUACUCGCAGCUUCAGGAGUGGAUCCAGGAGCAGCAGUGAGAGACUUGAGUGCUUUUGCUCCUACACCUGCGAGAACAGAUCGACCCCAGGCGCCAGAAGUGCAGGAUACAGAUGUGGAAUCAUACUUGGCCAAUUUGGAGACGCAGACCACGCUGAGCAUGAUCUCAGAUGGACUCUCUCGAUCGGUUCGCGACUUCGAUGCUUUCUUGGAGGAUAAUGUCACUAUGGAAUGGGAUGCUCAGCGAAAGCGGAUAUACCAGCAUUUUGGCAUUCGCCCAAAGGAAUCUGCAAUACCUGGUGGAAGCGGUAGCUUUGCUGCGACUGCGAGUGAUUCGCAUGGUGGUUUUGGACGAUCGAGGAGAACUAAGGCGGCUGCUCUUGCGGGAUCGCGAGUCUCUGGGAUUGGCGGCGGUGGAUCGGGGGGCGGAAAUGCCAGUGGAUUUGGUGGCUUUGGCGAUAGUGGCUUUGGGAAAUCGAGCAUGCAAAAGUCCAUCAUUGGGGCCGCCGGUCCAGUUGGUACCGGUCACCAACCGCUAUUUGCGGAUGUUGAGAAGCAGUUGGAGGCAACAGGCGCCAGCGUGUCAGCUCCUCAUGAUCGAUUCCAACGGGAGAAACAGAACAAAUAUGCCGAGAAGGUACAGCUCUUGAACCAUUCAAGACUGGACAGAAAGCCGUACCCGGUUUCGAGAGAGUUCGCAGAUGUUAUCAAAGUCUCAAGUGAUCAACAUGGUCCUGACCUGGUCAAGGCAUACAGAGCUUUGAUGUCGAUAGUCGGAGAGGAUCCAGAAGCUAAGUCAUUCUCGGAGAAUAGGACAGCCAAGGAGCGCGAGUUUGCAGAAGCAUACACUUCCGACUCUCAUUCCAGCCCAGCCUCACAAGAUCUUAGACGACGAAUUCUUCGUGGUGGAGCGAGAUGUCUGGAGAAGCUGGCUUUCGAGAAGAUGGAGGAUAUGAUUACGAAAAAUCCUCGAGAUGCCAACCUCGGAGGAGUCCCGAAUGUCAUCAACAAGAUCAAAGCCUAUGUUCGUGUUCUAGCUGUCAAAAAGAGUCUCACUGCAGACAACUCCGAUCUGCAAAUGCUUGGGGACGACUAUGUCUGGGCGCUCAUCUACUUCCUCCUGAGAACUGGCCACAUUGAGGAGGCAAAGGAGUAUGUGAACAAAAAUACUGUAGUGUUCAGGGCCCUGGAUCGCAACUUCAGCGCCUACAUCAAUGCCUACGCUACAAAUGCCGAUAGGCGUCUCAACGAUGAGCUCCAAGUCCGUAUCAAUGCCGAGUACAAUCAACGCCUUAGAAUUGCACCAGAGAACUCAAUUGAUCCGUAUCGAAUGGCUUGUUACAAACUCAUCGGACGCUGCGAUCUCAGAAGCAGAACCUUGGACGGUAUCAACCAAGACAUCGAGGACUUCGCCUGGAACCAACUUGUCCUUGCCAGAGAAACCAAUAAAGUUGACUCAAUGGCAAGCGAAGUCUAUGAUCUCAGUCAAGCUCAGCAAACCAUCAGAGAAAUUGGCAACCGCUUCUUCUCGCCAGCUGCGGCUGGCGGUGCCAAUAUUGGUAGCUCUUUUGGCGCUUUCGUUUUCCUUCAGAUCGCUCUUGGCAUGUUUGAGGAAGCUGUCAGCUUUCUUUACAAGUACUCUUACGUCGAUGGUGUCCAUCUCGGAAUUGCUCUGGACUUCUAUGGCAUCCUCCGAGUAUCAGAUCCGACGAGUGGGAACCAGGAUCUCCUUAGCCGAACGACGACUAAUUUGCCCCAAAUCAGCUUUGCAAGAAUGGUUGGCCUUUAUACCCGCGACUUCAGAGCUGCAAAUGUUUCUGCCGCUGUCGAUUACCUCGUUCUGAUCUGUCUCAAUAAGGAUCUCCGUGGCCAAGCAGGAGCCAACUACACCAUGACUUGCCACGAAAGCUUACGAGAGCUCGCACUUGAGAGCAGAGAGUUUGCACUACUUUUGGGCGACAUGCGUAGCGACGGGCAGCGUAUCAAUGGCCUCAUCGAGGAUCGUGUUCGCUUGAUCGGCUUGCAAGACGCGGGCGAAUUUAUGCGAACUAUUACCCUUCAAGCCGCGAGCGUUGCAGAUGACAACGGACGAACGACCGAUGCAGUAUUGCUAUAUCACCUUGCUACAGAGUAUGACAAUGUCAUCAUCACCAUCAACCGAGCUCUCAGCGAAGCGGUUGCAACUCCUCUUGGCCAGGAACCAGCCAAGUUACAGCCAUUGAAGGCUCGGUCUGUCACCGAUCAGCAAAAUAUCCAAGGCACCGAGUCCAGUCUUACGUCUAUCGAUGACCCGUUCAUCCUUUCAGAGAAGAUGUCAAGAAUCUAUACUAGCCAGAUGUACCGGUCGAAGAUCAAGAUACAAAACCAAGAAGCUUGUGUUGCAUUACAAACAAUGUAUCAAGCAAAGAAUAUGGUCGAGAAUAGCAGAUGGACUGAUGCACUCGAUCUUAUGAAGAGUCUUGACAUCCUUCCACUUGCCGCUCGAGGAGACCCAUCAAUCAUUCGAAGCUGUGCCACCAAAUUCUCGUCUCUGCCUCAACCUGUUGCUCAAAAUGUUCCAAACCUUUUGAUGUGGUCCAUUAUGUGCUGCAAGAACCAGCGGCUCAUUCUACAGAACAGCCAAUUCGGUGGCAAUGAGGGCACUAGGCAGGCAAUGAUUGAGGAGUUUAAGCAGACGAACAUGGAUCUGACGACAUAUACCAGUCAGUUGAGGUAUAGGUUCCCAGCCCACAUCCACGAGGCGUUGGCUAGGGCACAAGCGGAGUAAAGUGACAAUAAGGAUUUGAUGCUGGUAAUGGCUGCAUGGAUGGAAAUAUUGGCCAUGCUUGAGAUACACACCCAGCUGGUACAGCUGGCAUCUUGGCUAGGUUUUGGGUCAAGAUUGGACCGUAUGGGUGGUCCAGAAACUAGAUACCUUUUGAUGUACUAUAAAAAUUAAGAAGUGGAAAAGUCGAGGUGAUACUGGAUGCGGAAUUAGAAUAUCGCGGACCAGUCCUGUGUCCGUUCAUUAUGAUAUGUGCCUUUACAGCUUUCAGACCGAUGGGGUGGUGUUUGACUCGAGAGCUUUCGGAGCAUACCUAGCCAAGAUACGUGCCUCCAUUGUAGGUAACUGCUACAUGUCACUCGAUCAUCAUGGCACAUAUAAUUGACAGCACUUUCUCAAG